GCCCGCGCCGGCGACGCAUUGGCGGGAAAAAAAUCCUCUUCAUUGUGCGAGUGGACUGUGAAAGGCUGCACGUUCAGCAACGCGACUGUGGAAUAUUUGCAAACUUUUUUUCUCCACGGAACUACUUGGACAUGGCUACCGACGUUGUGGACGACCGGGAGAUGAGGGAGGCCCAGAGGGACUAUUUAGACUUCCUGGAUGAUGAUCACGACCAGGGAGUCUAUCAGAACAAAGUUCGGGACAUGAUCGACCAGAACAAGUCUCGCGUCAUUGUCAACAUUAACGACCUGAGGAGGAAGAAUGAGGCCCGAGCUGCAAAGUUGAUGAGCAAUGCUUUCGAAGAGCUGAUGGCCUUCCAGCUGGCCCUGAAGGACCUGGUGGCCACCGUGGACGCAACCUACGCCAAGCAGUACGAGGAGUUCAACGUGGGCCUGGAGGGCAGCUUCGGAUCCAAGCACGUCAGCCCCCGAACGCUGACUUCCAGGCUGCUGGGCAGCAUGGUGUGUGUGGAGGGCAUCAUCACCAAGUGCUCUCUUGUGCGGCCCAAAGUGGUACGCAGUGUCCACUACUGCCCCGCCACCAACAAGACCAUGGAAAGGAAAUACACCGAUCUGACGUCAUUGGACGCCUUUCCUUCUAGCGCCAUCUAUCCAACCAAGGACGAGGAGAACAACCCUCUGGAGACGGAGUUCGGUCUGUCCGUCUACAAGGACCACCAGACCAUCACGGUGCAGGAGAUGCCCGAAAAAGCGCCGGCGGGUCAGCUUCCUCGCUCGGUGGACAUCAUCCUGGACAACGACCUGGUGGACGUGGUCAAGCCGGGGGACCGGGUCCAGGUGGUGGGGACCUACCGCUGCCUGCCCGGGAAGAAGGGCGGCUUCACAUCCGGGACCUUCAGGACCAUCAUGAUAGCGUGUCACGUCAAGCAGAUGAGCAAGGAGGUGGCCCCCGUCUUCUCUGCGGACGACAUCAGCAAAAUUCGGAACUUCAGUCGCGGUCGCAGCAACGUUUUCGAUCAGCUGUCUCGCUCGCUGGCCCCCAGCAUCCACGGUCACGAGUACAUCAAGAAGGCCAUCCUCUGCAUGUUGCUCGGCGGCGUCGAGAAGGUGCUGGAAAACGGCUCCCGCAUCCGAGGGGACAUCAACAUCCUCCUUAUCGGUGAUCCCUCGGUCGCCAAGUCGCAGCUUCUGCGUUACGUCCUCCACACGGCGCCCAGGGCCAUCCCCACCACCGGGCGCGGCUCCUCCGGCGUGGGCCUGACCGCCGCCGUCACCACCGACCAGGAGACGGGAGAGCGUCGUCUGGAGGCAGGCGCCAUGGUGCUGGCCGACCGCGGCGUGGUGUGCAUCGACGAGUUCGACAAGAUGUCCGACAUGGACCGCACCGCCAUCCACGAGGUCAUGGAGCAGGGCCGCGUCACCAUCGCCAAGGCCGGCAUCCACGCCCGCCUGAACGCCCGCUGCUCCGUUCUGGCGGCCGCCAAUCCCGUCUACGGCAGGUACGACCAGUACAAAACCCCCAUGGAGAACAUCGGGCUGCAGGACUCCCUGCUGUCCCGUUUCGACCUGCUCUUCAUCGUCCUGGACCAGAUGGACCCCGAGCAGGACCGCGAGAUCUCCGAUCACGUCCUCCGGAUGCAUCGCUACCGGGACCCCCGCCAGCAGGAGGGCGCAGCCAUGGCUCUGGGCGGUUCUGUCGACGUUCUCGCGACGGACGACCCGGACGUGGCGGCUCAAGAGGUGGAAGAGCUGCAGGUUUACGAGAAACACAACAACCUUCUGCACGGGAGCAGGAAAAAGAAGGAGAAGAUGGUGAGCAAGGAGUUCAUGAGGAAGUACAUCCACAUUGCCAAGGGAGUGACGCCCGUGUUGACGGAGGAGGCGGCCAAUCACAUCGCAGAAGAAUAUUCCAGGCUCAGGAGUCAGGAGCAGCUUGGUGCUGACAUCGCCCGGACGUCGCCAGUGACGGCGCGCACGUUGGAGACCCUGAUCCGCUUGUCCACAGCGCACGCCAAAGCCCGCAUGAGCAAAGCUGUAGAACUGCAGGACUCUGAAGUGGCCGUGGAGCUGGUACAGUUCGCGUACUUCAAGAAGGUUCUGGAGAAAGAAAAGAAACGUUCGAGAAAGGAAGAAGAUUCUUCCUCCGACGAAGACCAAGAAGCGACUACGCAGCAGUCCCAAUCAUCUCACAGGAAAAGGGGGCGACGUGAAUCUCAGGGCAGUGAACCUUACAGUCCUUACGACUUCAGUGAAGAACAACACGUCCCUGACAUUCACAGUGCUGCCCCGAAAAGAGCGAAGGCGGAUCAGGCGGCAGAAGAACCAGCGCAGGUUUCCUCUGAAGACGGCGAGCUGGCGGCAGACAGGUUGAAGGAGUUCAAGUCGUCUCUGUUCGCCGUCUUCCAGUCCGCACACGCUCAGUCGGUGAAGAUGCAGGCGCUGAUGGACGCCGUCAACAAAGACCGCGAGGUGGGCUUCACGCGGCAGGAAGUGGGCGUGGCUCUACGCCGCAUGCAAGACGACAACCAGGUCAUGGUGGCUGAUGACAUCAUCUUCCUCAUCUGAGAAAGAUGCUCUCCUUGACACCUUCUCUCUAUGGAGACUGUUGUCACGGUAACAACUUGUAAAUACUUUAUACAAAUAUCACCACAACUCUCUGCUACUACACUUAUGCUGCAUGCCGUGCCGUGUGCGUAUGUACCACACUUAUACUGCAUGCUGUGUGUGUGUGUAUGUACCACACUUAUACUGCAUAUUGUGUGUGUAUGUACCACACUUAUACUGCAUACUGUGUGUGUGUAUGUACCACACUUUUACUGCAUAUUGUGUGUGUGUAUGUACCACACGUAUACUGCAUAUUGUGUGUAUGUACCACACUUAUACUGCAUAUUGUGUGUGUAUGUACCACACUUAUACUGCAUACUGUGUGUGUAUGUACCACACUUAUACUGCAUACUGUGUGUGUGUAUAUACUACACUUAUACUGCAUACUGUGUGUGUGUAUAUACUACACUUAUACUGCAUACUGUGUGUGUAUGUACCACACUUAUACUGCAAGCCGGGGUGUAUGUACUACAGUAAUACUGCAUACGUGUGCGUAUGUACCACACUUAUACUGCAUACGUGUGCGUAUGUACCACACUUAUACUGCAUACUGUGUGUGUAUGUACUACAGUAAUACUGCAUACGUGUGUGUGUGUUGCUGUCCCAGUCGACACAUGUAUCGAAAGUACGUGUGGUUAGCACCGAUGAUACACAAUGAUACUGUCAGAGAAGCACAGCAAGUUUCAAUAUGCUCCAAGAAGACAACACAUUAACAACAAGCACAGGCAAAGUUUACCUGUAACAAUGUCAACAAAAGUACCGCUUGAAUUAAACCGCUUUUGUAGCAACUGUGA